GCAAAUCCCAUCGUUCGACAUUUUCCAGUUCAUCUGGAAAGCAAAUGCAAUUAUCUCCCGUCGCAGGCAAGGCUGAUUGGGGCUAUUUAUUUGAGGCCUUGAGCGGCCGCUGCGGGGGCCGGCGGGGCCGGGGGCCGAGGUGUGGCGAAUUCCGGCGCGGAGCCGAGCGCUGCCCUAAUUGGGGACGCGUGAGGGGCAGCGCCGCGGGCACAGCGGGCACAGGAGCCACCCCGAGUCCUCCUAAACGCCGAGCCGAGCGCUCCUAAAUGAUCUCGUUAGCGGCGGGAAUCAGGCUGGGAAUUGUCCGUGCGGAAAAAUGUAGAGGGAGGGUGAGAGGCGACAGAUCCUGGCUGGGAUUCAGCUGCGGAGAGGGGGUGGAGGGUCCUGCCCCGUGACCAGCCCAGCUGGGAUAUUCCAAGAAUAACCUCGUGGCUUCUCCCGCUGGAAGAGCGUCGUUGUGGCGGUCGCAGCAGCAGCGAUGCCAUUUUGGGGUCAAAUUGCAGCUUUUGCCCUUUUCCCUGGGCUGGAGCAGGUGGUGGCUGGGCCGCCCCUCCCAGCUGCAACAAUUCGUUUCCAAAUCGCUUUUUGUUUGUAAACUAAAGUUUCAUGGAGAAUGUUUGGCAAAAGGGAGGAAAUGUUCUGAAGCUGGGCAGGGCGGGGUUCGUGGAUCCCGCAGCAUCCCGGACGAACCUGGUACCCGGCGCUGCCGUUGCCAUGGGAACGCCGUUCCAAGUUCAGCCGGAUGAGCUGCAAAAUCUGCUCUGGGGGAGCCACCUCGGUGGUGUUCAGCUGCCAGGAGAAGGGCACGGGAGCUCCCUACGCUGCCAAGAUCCUGAAGAAAACGAUCGACAAAAAGAUCGUGAGGACGGAGAUCGGGGUCCUGCUGCGGCUCUCGCACCCCAACAUCAUCAAGCUGAAGGAGAUUUUCGAGACGCCCUCGGAGAUCGCGCUGGUGCUGGAGCUGGUGACGGGGGGAGAGCUGUUCGACAGGAUCGUGGAGAGGGGGUUCUACAGCGAGCGGGAUGCGGCGCACGUGGUCAAGCAGAUCCUGGAGGCUGUUUCGUAUCUGCACGAGAACGGAGUCGUCCACCGGGACCUGAAGCCGGAGAACCUGCUCUACGCAGACCUGUCCCCUGACGCGCCCCUCAAAAUCGGUGACUUCGGGCUCUCCAAGAUCGUGGACGAACAGGACACCAUGAAAACCGUGUGUGGGACACCGGGGUACUGCGCCCCCGAGAUCCUGCACGGGUGUCCCUACGGGCCGGAGGUGGACAUGUGGAGCGUGGGCGUCAUCACCUACAUCCUGCUCUGUGGCUUCGAGCCCUUCUUCGACCCGCGGGGGGAUCAGUACAUGUACGGCCGCAUCCUCACCUGCGACUACGAGUUCGUGUCCCCCUGGUGGGACGAGGUGUCCCCGAACGCCAAGGACCUGGUCAGGAAAUUGAUGGUUCUGGAUCCCCAGAAGAGGCUGACGGUUCAGCAGGCCCUGGAGCACCCCUGGGUCACCGGGAAGGCGGCGAAAUUGGCUCACAUGGACAGCACGCAGAGGAAGCUGCAGGAGUUCAACGCCAGGAGGAAGCUGAAGGCUGCCAUGAAAGCCGUGGUGGCCUCCAGCCGCCUGGGCAACCACGGCCACCACGACUGCUCCCGCGGCGGCCGCGGCCAGCGGGGACCCCGGGGCCUGGCCCAGCCCGCGGGGAGCGGCGGCGCCGGGGCCGGCGCGGAGCUCAGCGCGUUCCAGAGCGACCACCCCGCCGUGGCCCCGGUGGCCCCGGUGGCCCCGGUGGCCGUGCCCGGCGCUGGCUGUGACAGUUAGCGGGCCCGGAGCGGGGACACCGCCGAGCCGCGGCCGCUGCCGGGCCCCGGGAGGGGCACGUCCCCUCUGGACAUCCUCGUGUCGUGUCCGUUGCCCCCGGCUGAGGGGACCGGGCGGUGACUUUGUCUUCCCACCCCGCAGCAGUUCGGGCCGCCGCGGCGUGGAAAGAUCCCGAAAAACCGGGCACAAACAGGAUUUGUCCCACCUUUCCCUGCAAAGGCAGCGCGCUGUCUUUAAGGGGUUCCUGUAAAUAAUCCUGAAGGGUUUUUUUUUUGUUUUAUUUUUUUCUGCCAGAGCUGUGACAUCUCCAGCGCUGCCACCAGCCCAGCUGUGGGGCUGCUGCUGUGUUAGGAGGGGUUUUAGGAGCCUUUGACCCCGAAUGUUCGAUCCUCUCGGGAGAACAGCCCGUGCCAGUGCUUCCCUGGUGGUUCCCAGGCAGCAGCCGAGCCCCGGGUUGUGGUUUUUUGGGUGUGUUCCCCACCCUCAGCCUUGCUGCGGGUCCCUGGUGGUGGUGGUGGGGUGGUCAGGACUGGGAGUGCUGGUCCGGCCUCCCCUGGGCGUUCCAGGUCAGGAUUGACACAAUUCCAACCCAGCAAUUUACACAACUCUUGAAUAUUGCGAGACUUUGCCACGUAACUGCUGUUCCCCGAGGGAGGUCAGUGAGCUCAUACCUUUUUCAAUUUUUAUUUUUUAAUGAAAUCAGCAGAGAGACUUCUUGAAAAGGAAUUUUUUUUUUUUUUUUUUUUUUUUUUUAAGGCAGGAAACAGGAUAACCAUUUACAGAUUUUAAUACAGAGCAAGCGAGCAGACAGCAAAAGCCAUAUUCCAUGUGAGAAUUGCAGAGAGCUGGUGGGAUCCUGCCAGGGUUGAGCCCUAAGGCAGCGACCAUGACCUGCACCCCCACAUUUUGGGCUUAGAACGGUGUGUUCAGGGUAAAAAUCCCACCUGGUGGGGAAUAAAUUUGUACAGGAGGUUCAUUCCCCCAGGAUGGGGGUGCAGAAUUGAGCAGCUGGGGCAGGAAGGGCAAAAAAAAACCCCAGAAUUGGAGGUUUUGCCAAAGGUGACGCAGCGGUGACAGACCUGAGGGUGACAGAGCAGGGUCAGGAGGUUGAGGUCGGAGCAGGGGGAGGAAAAAUGGAUUUUGGGUUUAUCUCCAGCACGAAAUCAAAACAGCUCCAAGUCAGGAUCCAGCCCGGAGCUCAGUGGGGUUUGGGGAGCCAAAGACAGCAGAGAAAUGGGGUUCAGGAGGGGCUUGAACUGGGAAAAACAUCAUGGCUUGGCCAGAGCUGCACUUUUGUGAACUUGAGCUGCUCCUCUGAGGGGAAGCAGCUGCCCAGCGAGGUGUCCCGGGGGAAACGGAGCCGCUGAUCCCGUGGGAUCCUGCAGCACAGGGAAGCUCCCCCUUUCCCUUUGCAUUUUUGGCAGGAGUUCUUCCCUGUCCUUUUUCUAGCCCCGAGGGCUGAGCCCUGCAGGGCGCUCAGCUCCAGCGCCCGUCCCGAACUCCACCUCGUUGUUCCCUAGCCCAGGUUUUAAAGAGUGUUUUCUAUCCUUUGGCACGAAAUGCUGAUUGAAGCCCCUCGCAGGACCAGGCUGGCGCCCCCGGGGCCUGCGGAGCAGGGAGGAGGCUGAGGAACAGGUGCAGGAUUCCCAGUCCUGCAGGAAAACGGGAAUCACAGCUGGCAAACCAAUCACACAAAUUAUCUGCAGCGGGGGAAGGCAGCGGGAGGAAGGGGAGGGGGUGCUGCAAGCGAAACCGGAACGGGAAUUUGCCUCGUUAUUAUUAUUCCACAGGUAUUUAAAGAUAGGAAAAGCGCGCUGCUGGGAGCGGGGCGGUGCGUUUUCGGUCCGUUGCUGUUUGCAGAGUGUGUGUGAGUGGCUGCUCCAGUGCGGUGGUGGCAGUUCUGCCAGCCAGGCGUCCGUAACCAAGCAGAGACAGCGAAUAAAGCCUCCAACCUCA